CUAAAAUAAGAGCUUUUAUCAAUCCUCAAUCAACGCUAACUCAAGCUUCCAGCUUGGACUGUGAAAUAAUAUGCCUGCCUUUGCAAAUCAUUCUUGGGUGUUUCAAAAGCAAAAAAGAUAAUUUGGGGUUUUUCCCUCAGCGAACUUUAUUACGAUCCUUUUCCUCGUUGGAGAAUAAAUAAGGAACAUUUCCAGGGGAAAAAAUCAGGUUGAGAAUUACUAAUCUAGAGAGAAACUGAAUAGGAGUUAUCGUUUUGUUGUUGGACCAGGUGAAAUUGUUUGCAAAUCUUAAAACUGGUAAAUUUGAUUCAUAGAAGGAAGAUCUAGGAAGGCAUAUAAUAGGUGUCAUUAUGCGAACUCAAGAUCUACCUCAUGAAGUUCAAGCAGCUGUGCAAAGAUGGAGAGGGAUUAUUCUGUAUGUUUGCAAAUGGCUUCCUAGUUCCACAUAAAAUAGUCAUCAGCUGAAAACAAGUUGUCCUAACAGGCAGCGCUGAGCUUCUCUCGUUCAGCAUUUCUUCUGCCUUGGAGAAGAAGACCUUGCUAAGGAAAUGUUUCCGAGAUGUUUCUGCUAGUGGCUCUUUCAGAAGUCCUUCUGUUUGGGGCCUGGGUGUGCAGAUCAGAAGGUCUUUGCUCACCCACCACGUUUUACAAAAACUGCUGGAUCCGACGAUUCCCAGGUCUUUCCGUCGAUCUGGAACAUUCCCAGAAGCAAGGAGCUCACAUCCUCAACAUUUAUGCAGCAUCCACUGCCGGACAAUGCAGCCGAGACUGCUGUAUCCUCAAGGAUGUUUCCUGUAACUUGGCUGUUUUCUACUACAAAACCAAUAUCCAUGAUAUAAACUGCAUUCACAUGUAUUGCCCGGUGCUGGAAAGCUGCAUAGUAAAACCUACAACCAGUGCUAUCCUCUACAAUAUUACACCAGGCGUUGAUCCUGACCUUCUUGUUUUUGAGAAGCUCUCAUUCAAAGAUAUAAACACCAGGUCUUCUUUUAAUAAAUGGGAGAGGCAUGGUGGAGCAAGGGUUGCUGACCUAGAAACAGACCAGGAUGAACUAUCUUCCCCAAGAUUCCUUUUCCUGGAGGCCUCCUCUCCCACAACAGCCCCCAAGCCAGGCAUGGACAGGAGUAGCAGGAGCUCAGCGGUAGAUGCUACCCUCAAGAACUCACCCAUCACAUUGACGGCGUCGACUUCAGCGAUGGACCAUUCAGCGAAAGCUGCUGAGAUUCUUCCAGGGAUCAACACCUCUACCACCCCUUCAGAUAAUGUCAAGGCAUCCUCUGUCUCUGGGUUUGCACCCAUCCAGACGGCGUCGCUAUCACCCGGUGGGGUCCUUCCCAAUACCAGCAAACCCUUGAACGAAACCAAAGUCUACAGUGGAAGGAACCACAGUUCUGAUGAUGAAAGCCAGCCGCCCACAGAGGAGAUGGCGGGAAGUGGGGCCUGGCUGCCUCUGAUUGUACUUUUUUGUUUGUUGACUUUCACGUGCUGUUGCUGCUGCAGUGCAUUUUUGGCCACAGGAUGGAAAAAGAGAGGUCGUUAUGAACCAAGGCAGAAAGGAAAAUCAGCACCCAACCAAUUCGUAAAAUACGCUGCCAUUAAAAGUAGAUUUUAAUGGUCAAAUUCCAAAUUCAUCAG